AUGAGGAAGUUUUUUAUCCUGUUUGCCGCUGUUGCCGUGGUCAACGCGAAGUCCAUCGAUAUCGAUUCAUCCAAAGUCCAGCCAAUAGAGUCAAUCGGUAUCAAAUGGUCCCAGGUGCAGCCGGUUGAGGAUUCCGACCAAUUCUGGGCUCGUCUACCAGAAGAGAUGCAGUACUUGCGGAAACAGCAACCAGACCGUAGGAUUGUGAAUGGUCAAGAAGCUGCUCCUGGCCAAUUUCCGUACCAAGCUGUCCUGAGUUUCGAUACAACUGAAGGCGGAGAUAUGUUGUGUGGCGGAUCAAUUCUGAGCAGUGACUUGAUUUUGACUGCGGCUCACUGUGUCUGGCGUGCUACCAGAGGGAUUGCCAUCGUAGGAGCUCAAAAUCGAAACAUAAACGAGCCUACCCAGCAGAGAAUUCCGUUUUCAAAAGUGUUUUAUCAUGCCGAUUAUAACGAGAAGCAAGACUUUCGAAACGACAUUGCUAUAGUGCGCCUCAGCAGCCAAAUUACGUUCAACGAUCGUGUUAAAACUGUUCGUCUUCCAGCUCGUGGGGAAAAUCGUCAGUUUGCGGGUUUGACUGGGACCGUUUCUGGAUUUGGAAGGACUUGUGAUGAUUGCGACACAUCAAAUGUGCUCAGAUAUACUUCCAAUACGGUCAUGUCCAAUGCAGAUUGUAGGGCAUCCUCGCCAAAUCCUGCUUGGAUUGAGGACCAGAAUGUCUGUAUGUCUAGUGACGGCGAUCGGUCUUUUUGUAGAGGUGAUUCCGGAGGUCCUUUGACAGUGAUGGAUGGUGGAAGUACUUUGCAAAUCGGUAUUGUGUCGUUUUCGCGUAGUGAUACUUGUAUAACUCCUAAUGUGUAUGCGCGCGUGACUUAUUAUCUGGAUUGGACUGCACGUAAUGACUUUGUAGGAAAUUCUAUUUAUGAAACAAAAUACAUUUAA